UCGUUCGGUGUGGUGACUGGUCCGCUCUCGAUAAAUUCUACAGUAUUAAUUGUUUCAUAGAUUACACGGUGAAUCGCGGGUGGCCACCGUUUGUUCUGGUGUGUUGAAAAAAGGUGUUUGUGUGAAGGGUUGACAAUCAACAAAUUGGAAGACAGACGAUAGAGAAGAAUUGAGCCAGAAGAUACGUGUUCGCCAUGUCGAGGAAGGUUUUGCUGCUUGCGACUUCCGUUUUUUUCGCACUGCUCCUGCCCCGUGAGUCAUCCGGUAGCAACGAUACCCGGACAAGUUUCAACGAUGAAGAGGACGAAGUAGAUGCGAUAUUGGAAAACAUGAAGUUCGCCGAGUUCAAGGAACGCUACCGACGACUGAUACCGUACAUGUCUUACUUCGUAGCAAACAAUUACGUAAAUUCACAAGUUUUGGGCGGAACUAAGCAGCAACAAGCUUACGAGCGGGAGAAUCCACAAGCGACAAGCCCAUUGAUAAGAAAACCGCAGCGUCUCGUACCAGUGGGUGGAGGAAGAGUUGGCGAUUCGAGAAGCAAAUCAAAUGGACGAGGCACACCGAACCCAGCGAGGAACACUUUACACAAACAAGAAAACGACUUCGUACCAUCCGUGCAAUACGAUCCCGAGGACGCCACCGGUGACAAGGAUUACUUCGCUCCGGUCACAUACAACGCGAAAUUAAACUACGACACAACGCGAUACACGGGCUCUGGAUUAACGGAUCAGUACAGAGAAUACGCAUCGGUUGCGCAACAGCAGCACCAGCAGAGACCAAUCGUUCAUCAAGAAGGAACGAGCUCGCCUCUAUUGCAUCAAGAUGCUCAAUAUUAUCAUAACAACGGACAAACCUCCAGACUCCUCCCUCCCUACGAUUCACUUUACGAAAGGAAAUUCUUGUCUGACAAUAUGAACACGAGAGUCAUGGAAUUUCACCACGAUUAUCCUCUGGAUUACGGGGCUAAAAUUCCCCACGACAAAGUCCCGAUUAGCGGAACAGAUUACAGCUAUAGCGUUGAAAACCCGGAAGCACCGGUGAGAUACAUAAAUGUCAAACCACCAACGAGACAUCAUCCGAAACCUACGCGAAUACUGGCCCAAUCUCCCGUCAGACGACGACCGGCGUCGCCUCCCCAACAACCAUUCUCGCCCCUUUAUCCCUUGGCGAAUAAUCCCACAGCGAGUCUUAACGACAUUAUGAAAAGUCUUCAGCUGACUGAUCGUCUACCGGAGAUGCUCAACAACAAUAAUAUCGACAGCAGCAUCAGAACACUCAUCGAAAUCCUUGGGAUAUUGAACAAUGCGAAGCAAAACGAAGUGCCAAGAUUGCGUGUCCCGAGUCCUUCCCUCCACAGAAAUUCACCGAGUUACGAUCGAUUCCAGUCCGCUCAUACGCGCCCGAAAGUCAUAACUGAAACCAUUUUCCAGGCGACCCCGAGUCCUCCAUUGAUUCCGAGCGAGCCUAUUUUUCGUCACAAACCCGAAACUCCUUACGAAACAAACCUCAGAGCCAACGCUCCUCCUCUUAGCUCCAAAUACGAGAGCCUCGAUCAGGAGAAACAAAGUUUUGUAGAAUACUUUACCCCCCUGACCGAAAAUAUCGAUGACCACAAAGUUGAAACUUCCUACGAGUCCACUCAAACACCCAUCAAACUCGAGAAACAACAAGAAUUCAAGUAUCAGAUCAACGACGAUGAUCCUCUUACUGAUGUGCCGGAAGUACAACUACCGGAUAAAUACAACUUGCCGGUUCAAACGGAAACUCCAAUUAACAAGUUUUCACUGGCAAACGGUGCUCCCCCCGAUCAACUACUCGUUCCACCCACUGCCCUUAAAUACGGCGCGACCAGAGGCAAACCAAACGUCGAUUAUCCAGCCUACGCUGCUAUACCGGAUACCGAAUUCAAUUGCAAGGAGCAAAGAUACAAGGGAUUCUUCGGUGAUCCCUCCACCGAUUGUCAGGUGUGGCACUACUGCGAUCUGAAUGGUGGAAAAUCAUCGUUUCUGUGUCCAAACGGUACGAUAUUCAGUCAAGUUGCUUUGACUUGCGACUGGUGGUUCAACGUGAAAUGCGAAUCAACGAGACAGCUGUACGUGUUGAACGAGCGCCUCUACAAGUACAUUCUGCCAAUAAUGCCCAAGUUUCCGGAGGACUUCAGUGGCCCCGAAGUGGACCGAUACUUGGAGCUCAAGUUCAAGGAAAUGGAGGCGAAAUUGAAGGAGAAAAAGUUGAAGAAACAACAAGAAAAGGAUAAAGUUAAGGAAAAACUGCAAGGCCUUGAACGCGAAAAGUAAAAUUAUUGAAAAUACUCGAUAGUCCAAUCAAACGUACGGGUUUUGUUGCCAUUAUACUAUGAUACGCUGCUAAACUAUAAUUCAUAUUCGGAGAUAAGAAUAUCGCUGUAAAAUGUGCGAAAAUAUGUGCAAUAAUGCGCGCCACAUCAUAGGAAUGGAGCAACAGUUUAUUCAUAAGCAUUUCUUUCGUUCUUUUGUCCUCUAGUCAUGUUUAUAUUUGCUUAAUUAUUUAUGAGACUGUGUGUUGGGCGAUUGACACAUUUGAAAACAAGGAAAUUCGACGUUCAAUAAUGUCGUGUCUUCUAUCUGCGGAGUGGAUGAAAGAGCAAAGGGAAAACCAACUAUUAAGGUGGAAGUUAAAUGUCCUUCGAAUAAUAUUGAAAACUUAUUUUUUUGAAUUCGUAUACAGUUCGAAUGACAUAGAUGGCUUACGGGAAUAUCAUAAUCACGAUAGUAUACUAGACUUGAGGAACGGAUCGAUUAAUUUCCGGACCUUGUGUGCGUACCUUAUAUUUUUAAGA